AUGAAAAACCAAACCCUUCUGACAGAGUUCAUUCUGCUGGGACUAACAGACAUUCCAGAGAUUCAAGCUGUAAUUUUUAUACUUCUCCUCCUCACCUACAUAUUCAGCAUUUUUGGAAAUCUGGUCAUCAUCACACUCACAUUACUGGACUUCCACCUCCAGACUCCCAUGUAUUUCUUCCUCCGGAACUUCUCCUUCUUGGAAAUUUUCUUUACAACCACCUUUACUCCAAGGCUGCUGUUCAGCAUCUCAUUUAGAAAUAAAACCAUCAGCUUUGCUGGAUGCUUAACUCAGUAUUUCUUUGCCAUAUUCCUCGGGGCCACAGAGUUUUACCUUCUGGCUGCUAUGUCCUAUGACCGCUACGUGGCCAUCUGCAAACCCCUGUAUUACACCACCAUCAUGAGCAAAAGGGUCUGUAUCCAGCUGGUUCUCUGCUCUUGGUUGGGUGGAUUCCUAAUCAUCAUAUCCCCAAUCAUCCUGACCAGUCAGCUGGACUUCUGUGACUCCAAUGUGCUGAAUCAUUAUUACUGUGACCAUGGACCCCUCGUAGAAAUAUCCUGCUCAGACACAAGUCUACUGGAAAUGGUUGAAUUUAUCUCAGCAAUAGUGACCUUGGUGUUUACCCUGGUGCUGGUGAUUCUCUCCUAUACAAACAUAAUCAGGACCAUUCUGAAGCUCCCCUCUGCUCAGCAAAGGAAAAAGGCCUUUUCCACAUGUUCUUCCCACAUGAUUGUCAUCUCUCUCUCUUAUGGCAGCUGUAUUUUCAUGUACGUAAGACCUUCAGCAAAAGAAGGAGUUGCUUUCAAUAAGGGAGUAGCUGUGCUCAAUACCUCAGUUGCCCCUUUUCUGAACCCAUUCAUUUAUACUCUAAGGAAUAAACAAGUAAAACAAGCCUUCAAGGAUAUGGCCAGAAAGAUUGUGAGUCAUUAG